CCUGUGUCCAAUCAGGGGCUUCUUUCCCCACAUCUUGGCAUUCUCAGCCUUCCUCGCGCGCACCGACCUUUUGCCCUUCUGCACGCCCCCUGCCGCCGUCCUGCAGCCCCGGCUGCACGAUGGACCAACAGUUGGAGCUCGACUAUGACCUUGACGAAGCGGUCAGUCUGUUUCUGGAGCAGCAUCCCUGCGAGGACAACGUACAAGACCGGAGCGCCUACCAGGGCGACCGGUGAGUAAAAAAAAAGGACAGGGGCUGACGAGGGCAAAUGGUAGCCUCCUUGCCACCUCGACGACCAGUCAGCUAGGGCUCGAGAAAGCUUCGCAAAUUACGCCAUUGCCCUGUACCUCAGAGGUCCACCCGAGUACGCAAUGUUUUACUUGGGAGCCAACGACUACCGGCAUGCAUACCAAUCUAGACCCCAAUGCGGAUUUUCGUUUCCAAAGUGGCGCUGUCAUUCUGGACGAUUCAUCCAAGCAAGUCAAGAAGUCAAAACCGGCGCGCACUGAAACCGGGCUGAAAUGCGAGCACCCUGGCUGCAAAUAUCGCGGCUCGUUCAACAGGAAGUAUGACCUCCAGAGACACAUGGCCAAGCAUACAACGACUGCGAAGUUUCAGUGUCCGUUGCAGCAAUGCCAGUAUUCCUCCUACAGAACAGACAAAUUCCUACUUCAUUUUAGGCGAGCGCACACGGACGAAGAUGAAGGCAUCUGCCCACUACCAGGAUGCGGAACUGGUCCCCUGCCAUGGCCACUGCUCAAACUCCACACAAGGAGACACCACGAAAUUGACAGAGGCUCAUCGAAUGUUGCCCUGGAGGCUAUCUGGAAAGUACCGGACGAUGUCUGUAGCUGCCCCAUCGAGUCAUGUCGAGGCAUUCUUAUCAAAGUCUUCUACAUGCAGGAGCAUCUCCGAGCUCAUCCGUACAACGAGCGCAUAGAGAACAGGCACGCAAUACUCGUAGCCGGUUACGAUGCAACCUCUACGAACAUUGUCUGCCCGGUCUGCCGAGAAUUGCUAGACGGGACCUCAGCCUUUUCACACCACUUGGAAGAGUCCCACAUCGCUACGGAUGGCACGCAUUUCCGUAUGUUCUGCGAAUCGCUUCAAAGAGUUGGAAGAUGGUCGUUGUGGUCUGUUAUCACAAGUGCAUGGGUGCCAAAGCCUUUCACUGUCGUGAGAUCCGUCUCUUGCUCUUUUUGCUCCGAGGAUUUUCCAGAAUGGGCUAGGGUGGACCAUCACAUCAAGUUGCUUCGAGAUUAUGAGCCACUUCGCCCCCAUCGGCUUGCUAUACUGAAGCUAUUGCCUUAUUUCGGAGCUCAUCCUAUCUUCGAUGAUAUCAGAUCCACGGUGUAUUCGUGUAGAUAUCGUGAGUUCUGAAAAUGUGCCUUCUCUCCGAGGCCCGCUGCCUAACGUAUCCUUCUGGUUGACACACUUCAACGUGUGCCGAGCGACGUAUCAACCACACAGGAAGGUUGAGAAAUGUAAAAAGCUUCAACAGCGUUGAUGGGUUCCUUUGUCUCUAUUCUUUCUCUCCUUUAAAGGCUCAGUUAGCCAGGCAUUCCUAUUUGCUUCUUGUUUCACCCGUUCUGCCCUAAACCUGUGAAAAUGGCAUUGCACGCUUCGACCCUGCUGCUCGUUCAUUCGCUAGCGUAUCUGCAUGUCAUAUCGCUUUAAAUAUCUUACGCUCUUUUGGAUGUUCUCUUUCACACAUUAUGGUUUUGUACUGGGUCGCUCAUUUAGAUAGCAAUACCAACGGUAUUUUUUUUUUCUA